UUCCAGCAGCUGUUCUCUCUCUGACGACUCGCAGUGGAAACCAGUCUGAUGUUUUGAGGGUGAAGUGGAAACGUGGAGCCGGUGAUCUGAGUGGGUUCCUUCUCUCUCUCUAUGACCCAAACGACUCACGCCAAGCUGAGCAACAUCUUGGGUCAGAGGUCACAGAGUACGUCUUCUCACAUCUGGUCCCAGGACGACUGUACCGAGCUGAGGUCCUCAGUCUGAGCGGAGAGCAGAGCAACCGAGCGUCUGCCAUAGGCCGGACUGCUCCGAGACCUCCAACUUCCUUCCUGUUUGGGGGGGUCACCAACACAUCGCUGGAGAUCACGUGGAGUGGCCCCGCAGGUUCCGACUAUGAUGACUUUGACCUGCAGUGGACCCCUGGGGACCAGCUGUCCGUCAUCAACCCGUACCACAGCCGGACGUCUGGCAGCCGCAUCCUGAGAAACAUGUUCCCUGGACGACUUUACACCUUCAUCCUCCGCACGGUCAGCGGAGCCACGGAGCCUGGGGCUAUGCCCACCCACAGCACACCCAUCCAAUACAGCAUCCGAACCAAACCAGAGCGAGUCCACAGCCUCCACUGUCACCCUCAGAGCUCCACCUCCAUCUCCUGCUCGUGGGGGCCUCCGGUAGCCGACUAUGACUCAUACACUGUUGAGUGUCUCCGUCAUGACUCCCAGACACUGGUCUACUCCAGACGCACUGGACGAAACUCAACCACCUAUGUCAUCACUCAGCUGGAGCCCCACAAACGCUACACCGUCUCCGUGAAGGUGAUCUCAGAUGCCACGACCAGCGAAGAGGCUGAGGACAGCGUGGUCACAAUGAUCGACAGUCCACCAGCCCCCCCGCUCAGUGUCCGGGUCAGCGAUAAGUCUGCCGUGGUCACCAGGUCAUCCAUCAGCUUCACAUUUAACUGCAGCUGGUUCAGUGACGUCAACGGAGCCAUAAGGUUCUUCACUGUGGUGGUGACGGAGUCCGAAGGUUUUGAUAACGUGAAGCCGCAGCAGCAGCAUCCUCUGCCUUCCUACCUGGACUACAGGUCCAACAGCUCCAUCAAGUCCUAUCAGACCAGUUACUUCCCCAGUCACUGCACCCAGGGCCCCGAUGGACACCACAGCCUCCAGAUCAGUUUGGGGAUGGGGAUGGACUCGCUGGGGGGGGCCUGUGACCCAGAGAGAGACCUGAUCCACUUCUGUGAUGGACCACUGAAACCUCAGACCUCCUACAGACUCAGUGUUCGAGCUUUCACUCAGCUGUUUGACGAUGAGAAGAGCGACUCCAGCAUCACGUCUCCUCUGUACGCUGACACCUACCUGUCGCUGCCCGUGGUCACAGAGGCUGAGCCCCUGAGCGGCGUCAUCGAGGGCGUCAGCAUCGGACUGUUCUUCAUCGUCCUGAUGGUUGGAAUCACUUCUCUGCUCGCCUGCAGAUACAAGUCUCGCAAAGUAGUUGAAGAGAGAGCGGUCGUCAGAGUGAGUGUGAGGAGAGAGAGAGUGACGACAGGAGUUAAUCUGGGGGUCAGAGGCCACCGUCGCAGUUCAAGUCCCAUCAAGAUCACAAACUUUGAGUCUCAUUACCACAAACUUCUGGCUGACUCCAACUACCUUCUGUCAGAGGAGUACGAGGACCUGAAGGACGUCGGUCGUAAUCAGCUUAUGGACUCGGCUCUGCUGCCGGAGAACCGCGGGAAAAACCGAUAUAACAACAUCUUGCCCUACGAUUCAACGAGGGUCAAACUGUCGUAUGUAGAUGAUGAUCCCUGCUCUGACUACAUCAAUGCCAGCUACAUCCCGGGUAACAACUUCCGUCGAGAGUAUGUUGCCACUCAGGGACCUCUGCCCGGGACCAAAGAUGAUUUCUGGAAGAUGGUUUGGGAGCAGAACGUCCACAACGUGGUGAUGGUCACUCAGUGUGUGGAGAAAGGACGGGUGAAGUGUGAUCACUACUGGCCUUUUGACCAGGAUCCUCUGUACUAUGGAGAUCUGAUCGUGCAGAUGUUGUCAGAGUCGGUUCUGCCUGAGUGGACCAUCAGAGAGUUCAACAUCUGCAGCGAGGAUCAGCUGAGCGUCACUCGUCUGCUCCGUCAGUUUCACUUCACAGUGUGGCCUGAUCAUGGAGUUCCAGAAACCACACAGUCCCUGGUGCAGUUUGUCAGAACCGUCAGAGAUUACGUCACCAGAACUGGAUCCGGAUCAGGACCUACUGUGGUCCACUGCAGUGCUGGUGUGGGUCGUACAGGCACCUUCAUUGUUCUGGAUCGAGUGCUGCAGCAGUUGGACACCAAGGACACACUGGACAUCUACGGCUCUGUGUUUGACCUGAGACUCCAUCGAUCACACAUGGUGCAGACUGAGUGUCAGUACUCUUACCUGCAUCAGUGUGUACGAGACGUUUUGAGAGCCAGGAAGCUUCGCAGUGAGCAGGAGAAACUUUUCUGUCCCAUCUAUGAAAACUACAGCAGAGAGACGCUGAACUCCAGACGUUGAAGAUUUAAAGACGACAGAUGUGGAGCUUCACAGAAACACAACAAUUCUAUUUUUAUAUCCCUCCCUCUUUACAUUUUAAUGAUAAGCUGUACAUGUUUCAUACCUGUC